CGCACAACAAUCUCUUCGCCGAUUAUUCACCAGGCUUCAUGACUGGCUGCAUUUUUUUCAUUCCACAACUUCCUGACAAAGGUCGCGGACCCGGAAGCACAAUUGCCCGGCCCGAAUUGGGAUGUUCUGUCGGGCAAUGAACACAUCCUUACCCUCCCUGACAUACCCACCGGCAGUCUCGAGGCACCUAGCAUCAAAUGGCUACUCGAGACAUCUACAGAUCCUGAAGUAUUUCUCGCAGCUGCUAGCCUUGUUCCGCAGGUUGAAUGGCCCCUGGAUCUUGACGUCUCAGACACGCUGACUCAGCUGCACGAUAUCUUCACAAGCUGCGUGGACUUCCACGGACAAAUUAUACCGUCGUUGGAGGAGAAGGCUUCGGCUUGUAUAAUGGCUCUGAGUCAUCUAUAUUGUGGCUGCGUUCUUCAGGCAUAUCCUGACCGUGGCGAAUUUCUUGGUUGCGGGAGAAGAGACUCUGAUACAUUUCUUCAGAUGAGGCUAAGCCUAACGAGCAUUCCUACAACCGACCUGAUGGUGCUUGCCACGAAUAUGGAUCUUUCUCUUUCGGAAGAUCGCCAUAACAUUUGGAAUCCUUCGUCACUAGAUACUUGCUCCGUUUCUGUCUUGGAGUGGCUGUCACAUUAUCUUCCCUACCACUUUGUCACUGGGCGAAUGAAUGUGGAAGAAUUUGCCAUAAAGGUGAUACUCAAACUCUUAUCAUCUCCAUCCUCUCCGUCGAAUCAAAGUGUAGCCAAUUGCACUCUUCUUGCUUGCGUUAUGAUCGGGGUUCAGUUUGAUAAGAAGGUCAUAGUUCGGAUCGAUAAAAGUUCUGCUCUGCCUCUAUUAACGGAUGCCCUUUUGGCGAAGUUCCAAAUUGCUCUCUGGGCAUGCGAUGGAGGCUGUUUCAGUACAGAUAGCACAGGAGUCGCACGCCGGGCAUGGAACCUCCUCAAAGUCAUUUGUCUAAUGCUUGAACCUGCCAAACGUUACUAUCAUCAUUCGCCCCACCCCAUGCGGAACCUGGAUGUGUGCAAGAGGAUUUAUUCACGAGUGAAGUCACUAGAACAAAUUCAUACCCGGGAAUUUUUGGAUGCUCUGCGAAAUGCACUACGCUUUACGCUCACCGCUGCCAAAGUAUCUCGGGGCCCUGCCGACUUGUGGAAUAGCCAGAUUUUUUGGACAGAGGAUUCCCAUUCGCCAGAAGACUUUGACUGGCUGGUCGACUACCUCGAGUACAUUUAUUCUGACGACCAGGAAGCUGCGUUUGACAUCCUUGUCCUCCUGGGUGUCAUGAAAGUGCGCUUCAACUCUGCUAAACAUCAGUUCUUCAAGAGCCUCAUCGCCUGUAUGGGCAGUAACAUGCCUGUCCAUUUACGCCAUGCUGCUCUUUGUCUUGCCCACAGUGCCCGAGAAGAAAUGAUCUCGAUCAAUGCCAUUGAUGAUGUGAAUCUACGAGACAUGAUCUUGGCCGACUUUUCCCCUGCUAUCCUGACUGCAGUUUGUCCGCAACAAGGUGCAUUAUUCUCCGAAGACGAUCCUGACUACUUCCAUCCUGAGCGGGACUUGUGCUAUCUCGAACUGGUCUUUGCCCUCGCGAGGAAUUCCAGUUGGCACUCCCAUUUGUUCAAGGAUCGCCAUAUAUGUCGAUGUAUCAGUAUUAUUGCACAGUGCCACUCCAGGCCACAUGCAUUUUACCUAGCUGGCAUACUCCUCCGAAUCGCACCUGAACUGUCAUCGGUUCCAUCGCUCAAAUCUAUUACAGGGCAGCAGUGGUGGGACAUGAUGAGAAGCGCAGUGGCACCAUGCCAACUACAUAAUUGAUGACAUACACUGUUCCAAGUCCCUUCCCGUCCUUGUGGAAGGCACGAAGAGGUAUAUGCAGAUGGCUUCGGAAGGUGGUUUCGAGGAGCUCAUUAGAGAUGUGGAUUAUGUUCUCACAGCACUGAAGAGGCGAACUUCAGAGCGGGGAGGAGAGGGUGUCGU